ACAGAUACGGUGAACCGCCUAUCCCGGCUCCUGUAAGUGAUGCUGCACUGAGGCACACUUUGAUCCAACUCCACUGGGGGGGCGAUGCGCUCUCUGCAUCCCUCAUUUAAGAGUUUUUGGGAACGUGCGCUACCUUACAACAGUUUAAACAAGUGGUCGUUAAAUAAAUUAGGUUCAAGCUCUUAGUUGUUUAGUAGAAGUCUUUUUUUUUUCUUUUCUUUGUUUUUUACUACUCGUGGAUUGAACUUUUACACCCAGGUCAGGUUUAACGCACAUGUAAGUGCCAAUCAAGCGAUUUUAAGCUGGUAAAAUUUUAAGGUAAAACAGGCUAGGGAUACAAACUUUAUGUAAAACAGCCCUGGAUCACUGCGUAUCUCCGCUUGUGGGAUUGCCAGACCAAGACAUCCGAAGAGGAAUUACAGCCUCCUUUUCAAACAAACUUGAUCGCUGUUUUUCUUUUUUUUUUCUCUCCUUUUUCUUUUGCACGCGAGGACCACAUUUUUUAGCACAUGGAUAAGUUUUGUAGCGGAUAACAUUUUCUCCCUACUCUAUUUGCCUUUUGCUGCCGAUUCUGAUGAGGAUCCUCUGUCCCCUUUUCUCCCACUUCAGAUUAAUUCAUGACAUUUCUUUUUUGUAAAUCAGUGAUGUCUCUUCGCGACGGUAGUGACGGUUGAUUUUUCAUCACAUCUAAGCAGAAAAGAAUUGCUAAAGUAGAAGUGAAGCUCCCAUCUAAUCCUGAGUAUGGACUUAGCAAGUCAGACGCAUGUACUGGUGGUCUUGCUCACCUGUGUGGUCUUAUUAUGCAAGGCCCAGGAGAGGGACUACAUAGUGAAAGAGGAGCAGCCAGAAAACGUCCGCAUUGGAAAUCUUCGCAAGGACCUGGACCUGAAUCUUGACCCUAACAUCAGACUAUCCUCGCCUCUGCAGUUUAAGCCUGUGUAUAAGACGGGCGACGUGCCUUUGGUGAGGGUGGAGGCCAACACAGGGGAGAUCUUUACCACCAACCACAGAAUUGACCGGGAGAAGCUGUGCUCAGGGGUCUUCACUGAGAAACGCUGCUAUUACGAGAUUGAGGUGGCCGUGCUUCCCGAUGAGAUCUUCAGAUUGGUCAAGAUUCGUUUCUUGAUUGAGGAUGUGAAUGACAACGCACCCCUUUUCCAGUCCACAGUAAUAAACAUAUCAAUACCAGAGAACACAGCCAUCAACACCCGAUACCCGGUGCCAUCUGCAUUUGACCCUGAUGUGGGGAUCAAUGGGAUCCAACAUUAUGAGCUAGUCAAGAGUGUCAGUGAGUUUGGCUUAGACAUCAUUGAGACUCCUGAAGGUGACAAAUGGCCACAGCUCAUCGUUCAGCAGAACCUUGAUCGCGAACAGAAGGACACUUUUGUCAUGAAGAUAAAGGUGGAAGAUGGUGGCAAUCCUCCCAAAUCCAGCACUGCCAUUCUCCAAGUUACCAUCUCUGAUGUCAAUGACAAUCGUCCCAUCUUCAAAGACAGCGAGCUGGAAGUUUCCGUACCAGAAAAUGCUCCAAUGGGGACAUCAGUAGCUCAGCUUCAUGCCACGGAUGCAGACUUGGGUUCCAACGCACAGAUCCACUUCGCCUUCAGUAACCAGAUUUCCUCCUCAACCAAACGUCACUUUGCUAUCAAUAGUUCCACUGGACUAAUCACUGUGAAGCAACCGCUGGACAGGGAGGUAACACCCGUUCAUAAACUUAUCAUCCUGGCAAGUGAUGGCAGCUCAACCCCCUCCAGAGCAACAGUGAUUGUUAAUGUCACCGAUGUAAAUGACAAUGUUCCCUCCAUAGACACUCGCUACAUUAUCAACUUGGUAAACGGGACUGUUCUGCUCUCUGAGAAUGCACCCCUCAACACCAAAAUAGCCCUUAUUACUGUUACUGACAAGGAUGCAGAUCUGUAUGGCAAAGUGGCUUGUUACACAGACCAUGAUGUUCCUUUCCGGUUGAAGCCUGUCUUUAAUGAUCAGUUCUUACUGGAGACAGCUGCCCCUCUAGAUUAUGAGACAACUCGAGAAUAUGCCAUUAAGAUAGUGGCCUCGGAUAGGGGGACACCUCCCUUGAACACCUCAGCUAUGGUCUUAAUUAAAAUCAAGGAUGAGAAUGACAAUGCACCCAUCUUCCCCCAGCCUGAAAUUCAGCUUUCCAUACCGGAGAACAAUGACCCGUCCACACAGUUAAUAAAAAUAAGCGCCACUGAUGCAGAUAGUGGACAUAAUGCUGAGAUUAUUUAUGCUCUUGGCCCUGAUGCACCGGAUGGGUUUAACAUAGACAGACGUUCAGGAAUUCUCUCUGUUGGCAAACGACUGGACAGAGAGAAGCAGGAGAGGUACUCAUUCACUGUCAUAGCGAGGGACAAUGGCUCUACAUCCCUGCAGAGCAAUAUCACCAUCAGGCUAAUUGUCCAGGACCUUAAUGACAACAGCCCAGCUUUUACACACCCUGAGUACAACUUCUAUGUGCCUGAGAACCUGCCUCUCUAUGGAACUGUUGGCUUAAUUACAGUGACAGACGCAGACGCAGGAGAUAAUGCUGUUAUAACGCUGUCCAUUUUAAACGGGAAAGACAGUUUCAUCAUUGACCCCCAAACUGGGGUGAUCAAACCAAAUAUCACCUUUGACAGGGAGCAGCAAAGCUCCUACACAUUUAUGGUCAAGGCAGUUGAUGGAGGGCAGCCUCCCAGUUCCUCCUACGCCAAGGUCACUAUCAAUGUUGUUGAUGUGAAUGACAACCGCCCUGUGUUUGUCAUCCCAUCCUCCAAUUACUCUUAUGACCUAGUGCGAACCACCGCUACCCCUGGUGCUGUGGUCACCAGAGUGUUUGCCAUUGACAAUGACACAGGUAUGAAUGCUGAGCUACAGUACAGUAUUAUCAGCAGCAUCAUCAUCACAUCUAGGGUCUCCCCUCGAGGUCUCUUUGCCAUCGACAAAGCAACAGGUAACAUAACGCUGCAGGAGAAAAUAGUAGCAGCUGAUCAUGGGUUGCAUAGACUGGUAGUCAAGGUGAAAGAUUUAGGCCAGCCUGAGUCAUUACAUGCUAUUGCACUUAUUCACUUGUUUGUCAAUGACACUGUAUCAAAUGCUACCUUCAUCCAAGAACAACUGCGGAAAAGUAUGGAGACACCCUUGGAUCGCAACAUAGGAGAAAGCGAGGUAGCACCUCAAGCUAAUGGAUAUGUGAUUGUUGUCAUAGCUAUCAUAGCAGGGACUAUGACUGUUAUCUUGGUGAUAUUUGUUACUGCCUUGGUGCGCUGCCGGCAGACACCCAGACACAAAGUAGUACAGAAGGGCAAGCAGAGCGGAGAGUGGGUGUCGCCCAAUCAAGAGAACCGUCAGAUCAAGAAGAAGAAGAAGAGAAAGAAGCGAUCCCCCAAGAGCCUCCUCCUGAACUUUGUGACCAUAGAUGAAUCCAAGCCUGAUGACCCAACCCAUGAGCAUGUUAAUGGUACACUGGAUCUCCCUGUGGAGCUAGAGGAGCAAACCAUGGGGAAGUACAAUUGGGCAACCACGCCCACUACCUUCAAACCUGACAGUCCUGAUCUAGCCAAGCAUUACAAGUCUGCAUCACCUCAACCUACAUUUCAAAUUAAACCGGAAACUCCAGUGGCCCCAAAGAAACACCAUGUGAUCCAGGAGCUCCCCUUGGACAACACCUUUGUGGUGGGCUGUGACUCACUCUCCAAAUGUUCAUCGACUAGCUCCGACCCAUACAGUGUCUCAGAGUGUGGCUGUCAGGGGGGAUUCAAGACUGCGGGGCAAAUCACCACCCGACAGAACCCGAGCCAAACACCAGAGAAGUCUUUUAACUCACCCCCUCCCAUUUGUCCUCAUAAGGAGGCCUGUCAACUUGGCAAGAUAACCUCUGUGAAUACCCAGCGCCGUGUGACCUUCCAUCUUCCAGAUGGUUCCCAGGAGAGUUGUAGUGACAGUGGGCUGGGAGACCCAGAGCCCAGCAGCACAGCCAGUGCCACCCAGCCUCUUCCCCUCCACUUCCCCCAAGAGGAGUACUAUGAACAAACGUCACCUAACAGCCGCACCGAAGGAGAUGGAAACUCAGAUCCAGAAUCCACCAUUGAGGUGAACCUGCAGAAAGCCUUGGCUGAGGCCUCUGAGACCUGUACCCAGGAGUGUCUAAUACUGGGCCACUCUGACAGCUGCUGGAUGCCCCCAGCCCUGGCCCAGUUCCAGAGUCCUGGCAGCAACAGCCCCACCUCCACCCCUACCACCACCACCAUCACUUCUACCCUCCCAUCCUUUGGCUUCCAGCAGAGCUGUUCCCGGGGAGUAAAAGCUAACAUGGGCAGCAUGGGGGUCAUGGAUGGCCGCCAUACUCUGGGAAGGUCUGUGCCCAGAAAAGAUGAACUGGACAAAGGGAUCAACCGGCCACAGUUCUACAACACCCUGGAUAGACACUGCAGUAGUAAGAAGGAGGACCCCAUCAAGGUCAUACCCCUGGCAAGCUUCUCAUCGCCCGGGCAGCAGACACCAACUGGUGGAAGCAGCAGCUCCUUCUUACAUGAGCAUCAGCUGUAAUAGUAAAAGACAGCUUUACAUUGACAUACAGUACAUAUGGCUCAGUCCAUUGAUGGCUUAUGACUUUAUGAUUAGUAUGUAUGCGUACGUGUGGAGGUAUGCAUAAUCUGAAUAAUUCUGAUCAGUUUGAGCUCAGUUUUCCCAGUGAAGACAUCUUGGAUGGAGUCAGUCAACCAGCUUAAGCAUUUAAAGGAAUUAAAAGUCGUAACACAUCAGACCCGUGUAUAAUAAAAAGAGAUAGUUCUGUACCAAAGUAGAUCCAUCAGAAAAAAACAAAACAAAAAAAAAAAACAGACAAAAAAAAAAAAAAAAAAAAUGGAGUAUUUUGCUUUCAGUUUGGUGAUGUUCGCUUAGUGACACGAAAGGGCACUGUACAAUUUAAGCUCCUUUGGUCUAGAUUAGUAAGACUGCAUUCUAAAAGACCACUGGCACAAAAACAAAUGCAAAUGCAAUGCUUUGUGUUAUGAGUGAGCUAAACUGGCCUAAAUGUUAAUUAUGAGCUCCAGGUUAAUGGCAUUUCUGUUAAAGUUCUAGUGAAGUAUUGCUCUUUAUCACACGUGGCACAAACUCCUUUGGUAGUGGAAGAUGUUUCUUUUGUUUUGCCUGAAAAUGUUCCAGAAGUCUAUUUUGGGUCAGGGGGACUGCAGAAGGAUUAAAAAAAAAAAGAAAGAAAGAGUCUACAAAGCAUAACUAGGCCAAGAAUAGACAGCACCACACCUCCAUCUUUUGCAUUCAUUCUCAUCACGGACCAGUACACAAAAUGAGCCCCCCUCCAAAACAUACUAUAAACCCUCUCUCAUGCACACUUGCAUACUCAUGAUGUUUUCCCAUAUGGUGAUUGCUCCAUCCCUGCCAACUCUAUUAAGAAAAUGUUCUCUCCUAGUAUUAUCUCUGUAGCUUUGUCUUAGAAAGGCACAGACAGAUGCGCUUUGGAAAUGUAGUCUUUGUUUUCCUCCUUUUGUUUCACAUUUUGCAGCCCAGAAACCUUCAUAUAAAAACAGCUAUAGAGCCAAUUAUGAAAUUCUUGCUCUAAUUACUUUGAUGUGAGAUUUCAGUAGUGACCCUUAUUGUAGUUAGGAGGCUUGAAAUGAUUCUGUUUCUAAUUCACAAAAUAUGCUCUGCAUGUACAGACAGAAAAGGUGACAAGGGUUCAGAGACGGCAGCUUUAUAUAUUCCCUCUGUUCUUAUCAUGUUUUUAACACCUAUGUUCCUGAAAUUCAUUUUUAAUCUGUGCUUUUAAAUGGCAGUUACUGUGGGCUGCAAAGUUUCUGAUAUCAGUUUGUACUGUUUUGAAACGAGAAAAAUACACCGGACUUCUAAAAUUUAUUCAAGACCCUGAGUCUAACUGAAUUAUUUAUGUUAGUUUUAUUUUUGCUGUUUUCUUUAGAAUAGACAUUAGAAGCAUGUGAAAGCUCCUCCCCUGCACACUGCUCCUCACAUGGUUCCAAAAGAAAACUGCAGCAAUGCCUGAACAUGCAAAUUGUUGUGAUGAUAAUAAGUACUUCAUACUAACUUGCCUUGUAGCAGAUUGGGUGCAGCAUAAUGUAUUGCUACAGCAAUACGUAACUUUGCUGAUAUCCAUUUUUCUUUCCAGUAGCAUCCAAGCCAGGUGUCUACAUCAUCAGGUAUAUGAUUCAUGCGAUUCAUUUUCUUAUACCAUCUUGCAAAUUGGGAACAGGCCUAAAUCUAUAAUGCAACAUGGUAUUCUCAAGGGAAGGUACAAGGUAAAUUGUGUUUGUAUGCUCUUAGCUUUUCUGUUUUCUCAAAUCAGGACUCUUAACAACAUAAAGAGGAUUUAUCUGAUACUCAGUUAAAUGAUCACUUAAGGGAACUGUGUGUCAAGGACAUAUAAAGGGCAAUUCAAUUUCACCUCAGUCAAUUAUGAAAAUGAAUUGAUUUCAAAACAAGUUAAAUAAAUAAACAGCCAUUUAUGAAAAUGUCCCCUAUUUUAAAAUCCAAUUUCAGCUCAUUUGCUAAUAUUUUUUCAUCUCUCUUUAACUUCUCAUCGCCUUUCAUUGUUUUAGGACAGACAACGAGCGGUAUCCACAAUACAUUUUUAAUCAAAAGGAGCACAUAUCAAAGAGAACACACAUCAUGAUGUCAGUGAAUAUUGGAGUUUUAUCACCCUGCCACAGAAGAUUCCACCCUUCAUAUCCAAGAACCAUAGUAUGCCCAAAAAUUGCAUAAAAAAUCUUACACACUUAAAAAACAUAAAAAAAAAAAAUGUCCAGAAAAUAACCAGGACAUUUUACUGUUAAUUUUACGAACCUUUCAUUAAUCCAAAAAUGUAAAUAUCUGUGCGUCUACAUUAUAUGCCCCAUUGCAUUCAUGGACAUGUCUGCUAAUAUAAAAAAAAUUUACUUUCAUAGCCCUGUUAUAUUAAUGGAAUGGUACCAAACACUAAACAAAAGAGGGACUAUUUGAGCAAAUUAAAAUAUUUACUUGAAUUGAUAACAAGUGACUGAAUAUAAUUUCUCCAAGAUCAACUAUUAAGCUCUUUUCCAGCCUCAUUUUACCUUCUAAGCAAACACACAGAUUUGUCCUUUUUGGGUUUGGCUGACUGGACGUGAUUGGCUUGUAUUGCAGCCAUCUACUAUUUGAUGGUGAAAAAUUUACACCUGAGGUACUGGUGGUGGUGGGUUUCACCUCCUGUACUGUCCACUACACUCAUGAUGCCAACUUUAACAUUCAAACAGACCAGAACACCCUAACAACAUUGUCUAGAUGUGAACAUCAGUCAGUAUAAUACACAUAAGUCAAAUUUAUAGGGUAACAGUCAUAAAAGGUUAAAUCCAGGAUGAAUAUGGAUCUUCCCAUGAGCCUUUGUGGUCUUCACAUAACUGGUACUUUGGAUCUGUAAAUCUGAAGAAAGGUAUAUGUCAUUAGAAAACUAAAGCUAAUUGUGAGAGUUUAUAAAACUAAUCUCAGAUGACUCCAGAACACAGGACUUCAGAUAUAAGUUUGAGAAGAAGGUCUUAGAGUGUAGGUCUUCCUUAUUACAAUUGUUUGAAAAAGCUUUGCAGAUAACAAAAUUUCUUAAGAAGCAUCCUCAUGUAUUUUCUACACUGGGUACAUAUAUUAUCUCUUGGUGAAAUUAUAAGUAUAACAGAGACAACUGUCCCCUUCUACAUAUAUAUGAGAGCGUAGCUAUCUAUGGAAAAUGUAUGGGAUAAUUAAAGCUGUCAAACUGUAAUAAAUGUGUGACUGUUUGAAAUACUCUGAUCACAUGUGUACAAGAAGCACAAUCUUAAAUAUCUGUAGCCCCUCACCAUGUCAUAGUUCAUUCUGCCCAUAUAACUCCUUUGUACUAAAGUAUAGCAGCAGCCACAUUAAUAGAAGGACAACUUCUAAUGGGAAUAGUACAAUAACUGCAUGAAUGUACACCAGUAGGAUGUUUCGUUGAUUAUAAUACAUGUUUUUCUUUUCUUUGUAUUGCUGUAAUUCUGGAUGCAUUUGA